UUAGCCUUGUUUAAGGGAGAAAUUUAUUACGUCAAAAACUCGGCCUCAAGGAGAAGUCAAAACGCAGUAGAUUCAAUAACAAAAGAAAGGCGCCCCACAGUCCCUGAGAGAAUGGCAUGUGCUUACAAGAAAUCUCCCUUUCCCAUAAAGAGUUACGUAACUGAGCUUACAACUGUUACCAUCCGAUCUGAUUUCCCAUACAGUCACCUGGCAAGACUGAAUUCCCCAUUUCUUAUUGGUCGAAGCUCCGGACAACUUUCUCACAGUGAUGUGCGUAGAGUAUUCUCUUCAAUCCCGCAGAGAUUCGUUACCCUCAUUAUUGUACAGGACUCCAAGGGGACCAUCAGGAAACACGUAGAUGUGUCAGCCAUGGCGUCCAGUAUAGUAGCUGUUCUACUUUUGUUGGUAGUGUCGACUAGUGCCUCAGCUCCAUACGAGUGCCUGGACCCUCCAGGGAAUGGCCCCAUAGCCGAUGUCGUCGUCAACGUACUGAAUGCCUCCAGAUCCUUCAUAGGGGCGGGCAUCCCUUCCUUGGGCAUCCCGCCCCUCGAUCCUCUGGGUCCUUUCCCCCACAUAGGAUUCCACAUCGACACAGAUGGUGUGCGAAUGGACUUCCAGCUGAACCACACUUUGGUGAUGAAUAUGGCACAGUUCAUAAUCUGUCAGUUGAAUGUCACCGUGGGCAUCAAACAGAAGUUUGACAUUGACCUCAGGCUGGACAACUUCCACAUUGAAGGUCUCUAUGACCUUGAUGGCAUCGUUGCCUUCAUCUUCCCAGUUUAUGGAGCAGGAAAUUACAGAAUUGAUGUCAUGAAUGGCGGAAUCUAUGGUGGAGGAAAACUGGCUCUCAACGUCUUCACAAAACGGCUCUCUCUCAGUAGCUUCGACCUCGAUGUCUUCUUCGAUGCGCUAGAGGUUGAACUUGAUGCUGUGCUUGGAGGUGGGGACAUGGCAGACCUGGUGAACAGUGUUAUCAACGUAAUUGUUGAUGUAGAACUUGAAAGGCCUGAGACGGAGCUUGCUACAGUGCAGUGUAGUAACCCAUUGUACGAGUGCUCUCCUUGCUUUCUUGCAACAAGGAGGAAGCUGGACCCUUACUCCUUGUCCUUUCAAGAAAUGUUGGGUAGGCCACUCCCCUAAGGAAGGAUACACGGUGACUGUAAGGAAGACGUCACACUAUCGGAGGGACAGCCAACGGCCGUGUUCAGGUAGUUUACUUCGGUCUGGGUGUGUGCGUGUGUCUUCUACAAGAGCUAGUACUUCAUUCUUCCCAGCGUUCAACUUUGGAUGCCCAGCUUUUGCCAAAAUAGGUAUAUAUACACAUAAGAGAUUUCAUGUUUAUAUAUCUUGAGAAAAAUUUUAAUUCCUAAAAUUGCAGUUUUUCAAUGCGAAGUAAAUGUGCACCAAGCCAUUUUCCUUUUUGUCCAAGAUGCAAUUUUUGAGGUACGUAUUAGAAUUACAGUAAACUUGUUAUGAUGGAGCUUUGGAAACAGUACUGGAACUAGAUUAUUUAUAUUAUAAAUUAUUAUUAUAAACUGUCAAAUUAUAUCAUGUUACUUUUGUGAUUUAUUUUCACUC